GAUGAUAUAUCUAAACAAACAACAAUAAACAUGUGCGACGAAAAUCCCAAGGAAGUAGGAGUCACAAGUUCCUCGGACAAAUUGGAAGAUGAAAAUCGUCCAGCGUUUGGAAAUAGAUUUUUGACCAAUCAGGAUGAUGUUUUUUCCCAUAACGCAUGGGAUAAUGUGGAAUGGGACGAAGAGCAAGAACAACAUGCAUUGCAAGCCGUACAAAAGAACUCCACCGUGAAAAUGUCUGACGAAGACAAAGCCAAGUUCAAAGGCGAUGCAGACAAAUUUUGGGAUUGCUUCUAUGGUGUUCAUCAGAAUAGAUUUUUCAAGGAUCGUCAUUGGUUAUUUACAGAGUUUGCUGAAUUGGCUCCCAACAAAGAUAUACAAGAAAGUAGAAGUAUUUUUGAACUUGGCUGUGGCGUAGGCAACACUAUAUUACCCAUACUAAAGUAUAGUACAGAACCAAAUCUGAAGGUAUACGGUUGCGAUUUUUCCGCAAAGGCAAUAGACAUUUUUAGAAAUCAUCCAGAGUUUGAUGAAAAACGUUGUGAAAUAUUUGUCAUGGAUGCGACAUUGGAAAAUUGGGAAGUGCCGUUUGAACCAGAGUCACAAGACAUAAUAGUUUUGAUAUUUGUUCUGUCUGCCAUUGAGCCUGGCAAAAUGAAACAUGUGGCGGAGAAUUGCUAUAAAUAUCUUAAGCCAGGUGGUUUAGUGCUUUUCCGUGACUAUGGCCGUUAUGAUUUGGCACAACUACGUUUCAAGAGUGGAAAAUGUUUAGAGGAUAAUUUCUAUGUUCGCGGAGAUGGUACCAUGGUGUACUUCUUCACUCAAGAAGAAGUAAGGAAUUUAUUUACCGGCGUUGGAUUUAAGGAAGAACAAAAUGUUAUAGAUCGAAGGCUGCAAGUCAAUCGAGGACGUAUGUUAAAGAUGUAUAGAGUGUGGAUACAAACUAAAUACCGAAAACCGAAUGUUUGAUAAUGGAAUACUACUAGAAUUAAUUUUUUAUACUUGUGUAAGCCAAUUAAAUAAAGGACGUAUGCAGAAAUAUAACAUUCCGUGGAAAUUAAAACAAGUGUUAAUAUAGUUAAUAUAAAUAAAUAAAACAUAAAUCGCUUUGUUUGAAGUGGACAUAAACAAA